CGACUAUAAAACGAAGAAGUUAAGGACUCCUUAAGGCAGCCUUCAGUAAGGGAUCCUUGAGGACGCCUUCAAGGAAUGACUAUAAAUUUAACCCUAGGCCAUUCAAAAUUGUUCUACCUUGUGUAUUCCACUUGUGGAACAAAGCCACUUACUACUCGAAUUCAUUCACAACCUGUGGUGCAAACAACCCACACCAAGGCGAGAAUCAACAAGCUGUCUCAACUGGUGAAUAGGCAUAGUGGAGGGCUUCAGAUUUGUUCUACACAGCCCUUAUGAGAAUAGGCUAUCCUGUAGUAGUAGUAGUGUGUAUUAUCCUUGCCCUAGCACAAACAGAAUCCCAAACAAGAAAAAAGAAGAGUUGAGGUUAGAUAGAUGUGUAUUGUUUUGUUUACAUUUUGAUAAGGAAAAUAAAAGUGUAAAAUUUUGCCACAUUUAACGGUUAUACGACACGUAAGUAAAACGUCCUUAUCAGCGACAACCAGCGCUUAGUUAGCUUAAAUCAAUAAUGUUGAAAGCAGUGAUUUUAAUUGGCGGGCCUCUCAAAGGGACCCGGUUCCGACCCUUAUCAUUGGACAUACCAAAGCCCUUGUUCCCCGUUGCGGGCUUACCUGUAAUCCAGCACCACAUCGAAGCCUGCGCCGCCAUAAAGGAGCUAAAAGAAAUUUUGAUAAUUGGGUUUUAUCCGGUUACACAGCUGCAACAGUUUGUCAACGAUAUGCAGUUGCAAUACAAUGUGACAAUCAAGUAUUUGCAAGAGUUUACAGCCCUGGGUACUGCAGGAGGUUUGUAUCAUUUUAGAGAUCAAAUUAGAUCUGGGUCUCCUGAAGCUUUUUUUGUACUAAAUGGGGAUGUUUGUGCUGAUUUUCCUCUGAGAGAGUUGUAUAAGGCUCACAAGGAACGAUCUGAUGGUUUGCUAACAGUAAUGACUACUGAAGCUACUAGGCUACAAUCUCUCAACUUUGGCUGUAUGGUUGUGGAUAAAGGCACUCAAGAAAUCACCCAUUAUGUUGAAAAACCUAGCUCAUAUGUUUCAACUUUGAUCAAUUGUGGCAUUUAUGUUUUUUCCUUGAAAAUCUUCAAUAUUAUUGGAGAGGCUUUCAACACUAAACAAGACGAGUUUUAUAAAAAUGGCAGUAAUAAUGUCAAUAGGGAUACAGGGUAUCUUCAACUAGAACAAGACAUUUUAACACCUUUAGCAGGAAGUGGUAAAAUGUUUGCUCUACAAACCAGAAAUUGGUGGUCGCAACUAAAAACUGCUAGUUCAGCAAUUUAUGCUAAUCGUCAUUAUUUAGAACUAUACAAAGAACGCCAUCCUGAAAGGCUUGCAACAGAAAAAAAAUCUGAAAAAUGCUCCAUAACACCUGAUGUUCAUAUUGAUAAUACUGCCGUUAUACAUCCUACAGCAGUAAUUGGUCCUAAUGUCUCUGUAGGCACAGGAGUGCGUAUUGGAGCAGGAGUGAGAAUAAGAGAGAGCAUCAUUCUGGAUGCAGCUAUUAUAGAAGACCGUUCUUUAAUCUUGCACAGCAUUAUUGGCAGGAACUCUCACAUAGGCAAAUGGGCUAGGGUUGAAGGUACUCCAUCAGAUCCUGACCCUAAUAAACCUUUUGCAAAAAUGGAAAAUCCAAGGCUGUUUAACAACGAUGGAAGAUUGAAUCCUUCAAUCACUAUUCUGGGCUGUUCUGUUAGUGUUCCUUCUGAAACGAUUUUAUUGAAUUCUAUUGUUUUGCCUAAUAAGGAACUGUCAAGAAGCAUUAAAAAUGAAAUUAUUCUUUGAAGUGUUAUUGAAGAUUGAUUAUAAAGCCAAAAGUGCAAAUAUUGUCAUAAGCACAUUUUUUUAAUUAUAUAUAUCAUUAUUGAA